UCUAAUUCUAAUUGUUUCGUUAGCCGUUUGUCUUAACAUUAUUGCAGUGAAAGGAGAAGGAAAACUUGCCUGUGUAGUUCAAAACACCGAUGACAAAACUCUUCAGGUAAAACUCGGAUGUGACUCUUCGGAGCCGCGCGCAGUAGCUUGGGGGAAAUUUCGGGACGAAAUUCAUUCUUCUGGGUAAGUACUGAAGGAAAUAAGCAAUUAUGAGUCAAUAAUGCUAUUAAAAAUAAUACUGCUCUAGUUUUAAAUCUCACCUAUCGCAUUAAAGUAAAUUGUAAGCCUACAUUUUUUGAAAAAAAGAGGGAAAGAGGGAGUUAAGCUUAUGUAAUUUACAUACUGUCUCGUGACUCAAAGAGUAGGAAAUAAUAAUAAUACAAUCGUGGACAUAAGUGGUGGUUGGAAAGUUUGUGAAAAUUAUUCUCGUUAAAUGCUUAUUUUUUUCUAACUUAAUUUAAUUGCACAUAUGGCAGACCAAAUGUGCAAGUUUCCAGCAGUCAACACUUAUUUCCAUCCGCCAAACUGACGUUGAAGAUUAAUGAUUCGUACAGAAAGUAAGGGUUAGGGUUAGGGUUGUUGCUAUAUAUAUUCAAAUCAAACCAUUCAUUGUCAUCAAAUCCUUGGUGGUGUAGGGGUUAAAGUGAUGCACUGCAGAGUUGAUGCUCUGAGAUCGAAUCCUACUCGUGCCAUCCUGAAUUUUUUUGUUUCUUAAAAAUUGAAGAGACUUCGACUUUAUGAACAGAAAUUUCAAGAGAUAAAGAAAUUUCAUGUAAGAAAAGUGAAUGUCUUGUGAGAUCCACUGGGAGGAAAAUGUCAGUUUGGCGGAUGGAAGCAAGUGACGACCGUUUCCAGCAGAAUAUACAACAUUUAAUUUUGGAAUGGGGUCAGUGUUUGUUCAAGAAUAGGGGUCUGUGUGACCUCGGAGUCAACAUGCCCGGCAAGUGGACCUUUUGACCGCUCAAGACACCAUUAAUAUAAAAUCUGGCUGAACAUUGUCGGUUGACUGGCCGUUACUUUGAGCCCUGGUUCGACUGUAUCUUCAUGUACCUUCCCAAGAAGUUUGAGAAAAUAUUGAAGGGCAACAGUGCAAGAUGUCUUUUUAAAUCAUAACUUGAUAUAUUAAAGAUUAUUCCUUUGUUCAUGGGGAAAGGUCAACGUUUCAGAGAGCCUGCAGGGUUUCAGUGGAUGCCCAUGGUCUUUGAUAUUUAAACCCUAUUUCAGGAAAUCUUUAAAUUCAAAACGAUCACCUCAACCUGGAAGUAGGCCAAUUUGGAAUACCCAGCUGGUUAAGUAAACGUGCAAUAUCAUUCUAAAGCUUCUUGCAUCUAAGGUUGAGAUCAAGUGCACUUUCCUUUUUUCAGUAGACUGUUAUAAUUAUGUUUGGAAAAUUUGGUGCAAACAAACAAAUAUUAUGGUGAAGAUGAAAUUUCCUUGAUAAAUUGGCUUGGCCCAACUUGUCAAUUUCAACGGAAACUCUUUACACCAUUAUUUUUACGUACAUCACUUCCUUUUUUUAUUUAAAGACUAGUACUUACCAUGACACGACUAUCUGAGUCGGUAGCUUGGCCGCAGAGUGGGAGGUUAUGGUUUUGAUCCACUGUGUCAGACCAAUACUGAUCAGGGUCUUCAAAAAACCUAGAAAUGAAGGUACUGCCUUAAUUUGCUUUAAAAGGCUAGACCUAUGCAUGGCUCGAAUGACCACCUUAAUUUUGAGGUCCCAUCUCCAGUUGGAGAUGCAAUGAUGGUGUUCUCAAAGUCCUUUGUGUUAAAUAACACUCAAAGUGCAUUUAUUUUGUAAUAAUAUCAUUUAAUUUUUGUGAUAGAUGGUCAUUCCUUGAGGUUCACUCAAAUGGCUCGUAUCCAGAUAUGACUCAGGCAGUGGCAGUGGGAAUGACUGAGGGAUUUCUAACUGGAGAAUUGAUGUACAAAGCUUAUCAAAACACCCUGGCUGGUUACUGUGAUUCUGAGCCAGAAUUCUGCAUGAAGCUUGGCAGGUUUCUUGCUGAAAAUCAAAAAUGGAUGAUGGCACAAAUUUCUAGUAACCCUGGUGACAAAUAUUGGUACCAGGUCAGUUAAAGUGUAUACUGCUUUAUGAGCAGGGUUAAAACAUAAGGUGCAGCUAAAUGGUUACAUAGACUUUAACCAGUACGAACUGUAAGUUUAUUUACUGAUGACUUAGAAAAUCUGAUGUAGCCCUAAUUACUAUUACACUAAUAUUGACAUUUGGGCUACUAAGGGAGAUUUAGAGUCAUGUUUACAGCAAGUAAAGAGCAAAUUUCAGAUCCAAUUUUAAUUUUAUGAAUAUAAAUAUUAGAUAAAAAUAAUUUGUAGAAACUGUGAGGCAUGGUUUAACAAUUAAAGUAGCUAUCGGCUCCAUCCCUAAAUGCUAAAAAUAAAGUUGCAACAUAAUGAAAGUGAAUUAUACACUCUUAUAAAUAGGAAAAGCAAAUAAACGGACAUGUAUAGAUCUACGUGCAUAGCUUAUUCAAUUAACCGA